GCUCAAGUGCUCGGCUUUCGCUUUCGGCUGGCAAGUCUUCAGUUUAUCCAGCUGUGCAACCGCACGCGUCCGAAGCCGCGCUGCGGGGUGAGGAUCGGGUUUGAGGUAGGCGGCUUUUAGUGUGAGGUGCUGAAUCAGGGGAAAACGAGGGGGGCCCGACGUGCCCCAGCCGCCGCGCGGAACCGCGGAUCUUCUCCGACGCCUCUGGGCUUGGCUCAGGGGCGACGUUCGGGCCAAGUAGCCCACCGCUCCAGGGAGCGUGCGGAUCCGCAAUCGCCGGCGCACCGGUGAUGUAUCGCCGAUUCCAGCGCGACGUUUCCCUCCGGAGCCGGUCCCCUUCUAACGGAUCUUUGACGCUGCUCCUGACAGCCGCUGCACGGUGCAGCGGAUUUUGUUUCUGACGUCUCACGGCGUGACGCCCGCGGGUGUGGGCAUGCACGUCGUUCUUCUGGGUGAUUCCACCAUCGACAACGUAUGCUGGACAGGGCACCCGCACGAGGUGACGGAGCAGUUGAAGUCUUUACUGCCAGAAGCCCGCAUCACGAACUAUGCUGCAGAUGGCUUCAACUCCACAGACCUGCUCAGAGGUGCUGCGCCACGCAUAUCGGCAGAGAAGCGCCGUGAGAUUGGAGACCCUUUUCCGGAGCUUUCAGAUGAUGUGUUCAAGCCGCUUGACCAUGUAGCAUCAAUGAGUCCGCCGCCUUCGCACGCCGUGGUCAGCAUUGGAGGAAACGAUGUGCGAGAGAUUUUAGGUCGCAUGGACAUGCUACAGUCCAUAAUACAGGGAUUCCAUAGCAACUACAUGGAAAUCCUCGGCAAGCUGUGCGCGAGCGUACCCAACGUCAUACUCAUGUUUCAGUACAGGCCAGCCUUUCACAUGGACAGGGGCGGGUACGGCGUCUACCAAGCGAUUGGCAGUAUCCCCGGGCCUGGCGACUCUGUCGACAAGAUCAAUAGUCUCAUGCUGACGUGCUACGCGCCCGUGUUGGCCAAGGCGAGAGAUAUGCAGCUACCAAUCGUCGACUUGCCACGCAGUUUCGACAUCUACGACGAUGAGCUGUUCUGUUGCCAGAUUGAGCCCAGCGCCAAAGGUGGUGCAGAAAUCGCGAAGCUUUUGAGCCAUACCCUGCAGAAUCACGACUUCUCCCGCGCGUCGAAGUUUUACUUUAGUCGGGAUGGCGCAGUGUGUGAGGAGCUGAACGACGGUAGUGUACAGUGGUCCAUUCCCAGAGACCCAAGUGCAGAGAGGCAUCAUGACAGUGUACUGCAAGGACGGAGUGUCGAAAUCGAGCCGUAGAGGACGCUCUGUUACAUGGGCUGUGGGCCAGCACGAUCGGUGCAGGCAGGGCAGCAGCACACGUCUGACUUCUUGGCCAGACGCGUGGGAUCCUCCUUGCCAUUUCCCCUCGUCCUCCAAAUCGGGGUCCUCACGCCCCUCCACUCCCUGCGCC